AUGGAGGGUCUGCCUCUAACUUAUGAUUCCCAGUAUCGAUAUAAAUCUAGCCAACUGUGGAACCGACAUUCGCAGUGCAAAAGUCGGUUAGAAGCCGUAACCACUCACUCGCCGAAUACACUCUUGCUUGUCCAACCUUUGUCGCGAUCUAAGAUACUUCCCAUCUUUCAUCUAGACUCACCAGGACCGUAUCAUCGGAUACGAUUUCUACACUACCGACAGCCAAUAGCUCGUUAUCAGUUCAUAGACAUUCGUUCUCCAUAUUUAGACCCUACCAUUGCCGCUCAACAAGCCCACACCAUACCUGGCACGAAAAACUGCUCAAUUGCGAUUACGGCGGGAAAAACAAUUGAGUCGUCUGGUCCGGAGGGCAAUGGGAAUAAGGACUCACGUAUAUUCAGCAAAGGCGAGCGCGUGCUCGUUGCAGAGGUAGAUAAUUCUGCCAAGAUGCCAGCACAGAAGGAGUGUACUACGAAUCAGCACCAGCAACGCCCCUUGAGAUCUCAACCAUAUAAUUACAGUUCUAUAGUAAAUCAACAGUCGAAUUCCGUUCCUUCUACGCCCCAUCAGCAUCCUCGAACAUUCUCAUUCGAAUCACAGGAGCCGUCUCCAAACGCAACCAACAAUCAUUCACCACGAUCAGCAUACUCAGAAUCCAAUCUAAUCUUACCUUCUUCAAGAUCAGCGCCUCAGCGAGGCGGAUGUCGUUAUGAAACAGCUCUAGCUAAUAUUAAGAGGCGAAUGCCAUACAGUCUCGGAGGGGAAAAGCUAGAGAGAUUAGAUCCAUCUAGCAUUAAAACUCGACUGUCACCGGUUGAAGAAGAGUUAUUGUCUAAUGAUAUCAAUGAGCUAUACCAGCAGCUACUACCGAGCCCAGAGUGCAAACUAAGAAGAGAGAAACUUGUUUGUAAACUUGAAAAAUUGUUCAACGAAAAAUGGCCUGGUCACAAUAUCCUGGUCCAUGUAUUCGGCUCUUCUGGCAAUUCGCUUUGCACUGAUCAAUCAGACGUUGAUAUAUGUAUAACCACCGACAUGAAGGAAAUGGAAGGUGUCUGUGUCAUAGCUGACCUCCUUGCGAAAAACGGUAUGCAGAAGGUCAUAUGUGUAUCGACUGCAAAAGUUCCAAUUGUGAAGAUAUGGGACCCAGAGUUACGCCUAGCAUGUGAUAUGAAUGUGAACAACACUUUAGCGUUGGAAAACACCCGCAUGAUCAAAACCUACGUUCAGAUCGACGAACGAGUCCGGCCCCUAGCGAUGAUUAUCAAACACUGGACUAAGAGGCGGAUUGUUAACGAUGCAGCUUUUGGUGGCACACUUAGCUCAUACACUUGGAUAUGUAUGAUUAUUAACUUUUUGCAAAGCCGGGAUCCCCCUAUAUUACCAGCACUACAUCAAAGGCCACAUAUGAAGUUACCCACUCAGAACGGCGUAGAAAGUGCUUUUGCAGAUGACAUUGAAACACUGCGAAACUUUGGUGACCAGAACAAGGAAUCUCUGGGCGAGCUCUUGUUCGCAUUUUUUAGGUUCUAUGCUCACGAAUUCGAUUAUGAUUCAUCAGUUAUUUCUGUGCGGAGUGGCAAGCAGAUUUUGAAGAUUGAGAAAGGAUGGAACAUAACAAAUAAUAAUCGGCUGUGCGUUGAAGAACCAUUUAACACGAGUCGGAAUCUUGGCAAUACUGCAGAUGAUACGUCCUUUCGUGGAUUACACCUGGAAAUUAGAAGAGCUUUUGAUCUAAUAUCUCACGCAAAGUUAAGUGAAUGUUGUGAGGAAUGGGUAUUCCCGAAAGAAGAGGAACGCAAGAUAUGGGAGCCAGCAACAAAGACAAAAGUGGUACUGCGAAGUGCAUCUGCCAGUCGAGGUGGCCGAGGCAAUGCUCCUCGUAUGAGUCGUUAUGUUGGCCAACAGGGUCGAAGUAGUAGCAAUUCACGACGAGCAUCAAGUGCAGCUCAUGACCCAGACAACUUUCCUCAAGGACCAAACCCGGCCGGCGUAGCUCCUCAGGAAGCCUGGAUGCAGCGACAGGCACAGUCUCAACUUCAUAGUGACCUUUUAACAACAUAUUCAGCUUUGCAGGCACAUGAGAAUAAUUUACGGCUUCAGCUGUAUUCGCAGGGCAUGCAGACGCACGCCUAUAUCCAGCCACAAUCUAGUGGAACUACCAAGCAUAAGACACUGGAUCGAAACCGAACUAGCUCUUUUGAUCAGAUUCCCCUCCCAGUCUCUGUGCAUCCCGAUGUUUAUUAUUACCCUAUGCCUUAUCAAGGGGCCCCACUUUACAAGUACCAGAACUGCGCAAAGAGUCCUUCACUAACAUCAACUGGUCCUGUCAUGCCGGAGAUGAGAAAAGGCGUGCAUAGAUCUAUGAUGACCAAUGGCCUAGGACAAGCGGCUUCAGCAAUACAGGGUCCUCAUCGAGCCUAUUCUCAAGUUAUAUCACCGUCUGCGCAAUCAGAGAUUUCCCUCGGUGCUGGAGCGACGGCACCAAAAUUAGAUAUCUACCAUAGCCAGGGUCGUCAAGAAAGUAGCACUACAUCGCCAAAGUUUAUAGCCGACGAAAAUAUCGGAUCGCUUAGUUUAAAUCCUCUUUCCGAGGAGGUAAAAACGAUGGAGUAUGUGGGGUACUACAUGCAAGAAAAUGUAUCAAUUCCGACCCAUCGAAAUUCGACGACGCCUAUGAGGAUCCCAUUUUUCGAUAAUGUAAAUCAACCAAAACGACGGCAUUCAACUGACCAAUUGUUACAGCUAACUAUAAAACCAAACUCUCAGCCCUCUCGCUCGCCAUCUCCUCUUUUGCACGACCUACCCUUGUCAGACACUCUUUCUACUCCGAACAGAUUCUCAUCAUGCCAAUGUGUGAAGGGCAAUAGGAUUGAACUUAAGCAUAGCCAUAACUCAGUCGAUAGUUGUACAUCCUUAGUAACAUCGCCCGUGCCAACUCGACAAAAUAACGCAAGCUGCUUAUCCGUUCAAAGCUGUCCGAAUCUGGACUCUAAGAAAAUUGGUCAAGAAUCUAGCCAUCAGCUUCCAUAUGAGCAGAUUGAUUUUACUGUGGAACAAGAUAGAUCACCACAAGUGAUGUCCCGAGAGCUUCGAACGAAAACCACGACAGAGCACCACACUGUCGCUAAAUACCCGAUCGCAGCAGGCUUAGAUACUGUUGAUCCCAAAACUUCAAAGUCUCUCAAGGACGAUAAACUUACUGCGUCGAGUUUUCCAAAUUUGUCAUCAUCAGAGAAGGCGUGCGCAAACCCAUUUCACAGCUUGACGAACCCUCAAAGUAGACAAAUACGUCAAGGUCAAGGAGGUACGGUUUCUCCGCUGGAUAUCGAGAAUGAAGCCUCCAAGGUUGAUUCAUCUGACAUCUCUCCGGAACGCGUAACUUCAAAUCAGUUGCCAUCUAGUUACCAGAAGCCAGAUAUACGCUCCUCUCGUAACAUUAAUGGGUCUGUCUCAAAUUAUUCAAAGACUGGAUCAGUAGCCGUGAAUCAACCAAUAAAGUCAAUACCUCUAAAGGCUUUACCGACCCCUCAGCACUAUCCUUCGACUUCCGGUCGACAUAUCAAGGGUAUCAAAAGUGAAGGUGGUGGACCCGGAAGUUGGCAGCAAGUAUCUAAAAACAAGAAGAAAAGCUUGGCUAUUUUGUCAAAAUCUAAUGCGGAUGGUUAUGGUCAGAGUGAAAAAAUGCCGAUAAAUAUUUCUGAUCGUAAGGGAGGAUGA